GCAAUACUGAAAGUAUAUUGCCGUAAAUAUUUACUUUCCGUUCUAUUAUUAGUAAUAAUAGAGUAAGCAGAAUAUAAUGUAUAUAAAGGUUGGUUUGAAUCCAAAGCAAGAGUACUCCAAAAACCAUGGGUUCCGGAUCUUCGGGGAUGGGUGGCGAGAUGCCUGGUGCUGAUCUGCGUCUACCAGUCACCGGCCUCAAGUUUACAGUGAACCAACUUCGUGCUUUGAACUCCUACGUAGACAAUUUAUAUGAGGAAGACCAGAAAGGCCAGAUGUCAACAGAGAUGGAGAGUGCAGUAGAAAGUAUUGUCCAGCGUAUUGUGGAUGGUGCCGGUCAGAGAGACCCCAGGUUCAGAUGCAGUCAUCUCAUCGCUUUACACAGAGGAAAGAAGAUGCGAUCCCGUUCCCUCGAGUAUUUGGUGACGCUGGACUCUCUUCCCGUGCUGAAUGUGACUGAUGACUGCCGGUUUGAAGACGGCCCGGUUGGUUACGGGAAGAUCAGGAUCACAGGCCGGGCUGCCGACAAGUGGGAUGAGUUCCUCACACCCUCGGGUUAUCUCUGCAGGGACAAAGUGUUGGAGCGGUGGGUGGAGCUGGUCGCGCGUUGCACGUCGGCACGUGGCGGUGGACGCGCGCGUGUCCUCAGCGCAACCGCCGCACGCAAUGCACGUGCACACCGGUACUGCUAUCUGGAGAGAGCGUCUCCUCCACAAUUGAGUAAUGACCGUCGACUCGCCAUCGUGGAGGGGGCUGCGUGGGUGAUGGUGCGAGUCGGCGCGGGGGAGGCUGAGGCUAAGCUGAUGCUGGGCGCGCGCGUGGCGGGCUGCAGCGCGAGCGCAUACUCCACCAGGGUGCCUCUUACACACCCCCUCGCCUUGCUGCACUAUAUUAGUGCACAAGCGGGAUACUACGCAGUGGCGGUGGGCCCGCCGUCGAGCGGUGGUGGCGAGCGCGGGCUGCAGUGGCAGGUGUGGUGUCCGGCGCUGGAGGCCGCGCUGGACGCGCACACCGCGCGGGCGGCCGCCCCCGCCGCACUCGCCGCCGCACUCAACGCGCUGUUGGACACCAUGAGGGAAGGGGCCUACGAGGGCACAUUACGAGCGUUGAGUCGGUACGCAGUUAGUUGCGCCCUGCGGCGUCGCCUGGACCGCUGCGCAACGUACCCGCAGGCGGCGGCUCGCGGCUGCAUCUCAACCCACCUGGCACAUCAUCUGCUACUCAUAUUGGACGAACUGGUGUACUUGUGCGAGAAGGGCGGGGUGGCAGGCUAUGUGCAUCGUAUAGAGCGGGCGAGUGUGGUGCGGCGCGGGGGGCGCGGAGACUGGUCCGCCGACGGACGCUGUCUGAGGAACUGUCUGCUGCAUCUCCACAACACUGCAGGAUCAGUAGACAUUCCACCUACACCUUCCGAAUCCUUGGAAAUGGUACUCUUCAGCCGGUGGGAGAAUUUGAACAAAGAGGCGAAGAUUGCAGCCGGUAGUGCACCGUCGUACUCUCGGAGGCAACUGCGGUACCUGUGGAGGGUGUCCAGCGAGCUUGUGAAGUGCAAGAACAUGAUCCCUUGUGAGAACCGUAAUGCUUUCCGGGAAAACCUACUUCAGGCUACGUCACUGGACCAGGAGUCAGUGGAGGACCUGAUACACAUUUUAGCUAUCAUGCUGGACCAGGCCAGAGAUCUCUACAUGAACAAUUUCCAGCAUCGGACACUGGGAGAGUUUGAUAGAGAACUGUCUACGUAUAGAUCUAAGAAAUGGAACAAGCUCAAAGAUUAUUACGACGCAUCAUCAGCAUGCCUUAUUGACGCGGUGAGAAGGGACCCUGAACUCCGUCGUGAAGACCUCGCAGAUCCUCUGAACGUCAUGAAGAAUAUCCUUAACUGGCUGUACAAGGGUGCCAAAGAAGACAAGAAGUACCUCGGUCCAGUCUUGAAACCUUACCUAGACGAUCUGUUCCAUAGUUCUUUAGAAAAUGGAUGGUUUUUGGAUGAGUUCGAUGCGAAGUGCUGUGAGAAAGAUUUGGAGAGUCUAAGGGAGUAUUGUAUGGGAGUGCACGAUGGGACAUUGGAGCCCUGUAUGGGAUUGCUUGACUUGGCGAAGAGACAAGCCUGGGCGAAGGCUAUGGUGGACUUCGUGGACAGGUUUCGCCAUGUGGAUUUCCGCCUUGUAUUUCCAACAGGGGAUGGCAUGGCUAUCUCGUAUCCAAUAAAGUUGCCUUCACGCCGCGAGCACAGUUCAGCUCGCACACUCACAUUGAGUAGGCGAGAUAAGGCAGAAGCGAAGUUGCGUCUCGCUAAGAGAUGUGUGCUAGCAGCGUUCACAACAGCGAUUGUUGGAGAUAGAUGCUCGAAACUAAAUGGAAUAGCCCGUCAAGAGAGUAGCGAGGAAAUAUUAACUAGCAUCAAAAACGGCAACUACUGGCGAAGCAACACACGACCCGAUAUCAUACCUUCCACAUCAACGCAAGACAUUGCUAAAGAGAACAAUGAGAUACUGAAGGUGAGGCGAAGGUCCAGGAGAAAUAGACCAGUAACCUCAUACGGGUUUCCAGAAAUUUCCCUAACCAACCAAUCGGACACGAAGACGAUGCGACGGAAGUACCACACCCUGAGGAGUUUGGUGUAUACAGAGCCGGUUGAGAGUAUCAAGGAGUUGCGCGAGAAGCCAAGGUCUGCAGGAUCAACUAUGAGGAAUAAGGGAGCUCUUAGCAGACCCAGUCUAUUGGAGACAUUGGACUUUAUUAAUAGUGUCAAAGAUGCGUUGUCUGUGGAGGAAUCAGGAGCCUCUGAUGUAGAGGAGACAGCCUGGACAGCGGAGGAAGAGUGGCUGAUAGGACAAACGGCGCCCCUGAACUUGCUCGCAGCCCGCUCCGGGGCACAAGCGCUGCAUCUCACUCUCGGAGACUUGGUACUGGCACUACUGCAGCGGGGAAAGUUCACCAUACUUCAAGAGUUGUGUUCAUGGCUGGGCGAGUCCAGCGAAGGUGCUUUGUUCGCUCUCCACCGGCUGGGCCGCGCCGCCAGGUCUAGAAGCAGCGAGAGAGCCACCAAUUCUUGGAAGCUCCCUGAAGCUGAGGGUUCCACUGUGGAACCACCGCAGAAGUACCGCAGUAGACCACCAGAUCAGAUAUCAGGGGAUGAAGCACCACCCCCACCGCCACCUCUACCUAGACGCGCCUCUAAGGAUAAGGACAAUCGGGUAUAAGUAAACAUAUACACAGACUACCUGCCUCCCAAACGUCAUCAAGAUUUGGAGCAACAAACGUAUUUAGAUUCCACCAACAUGAAAUUAAAUCAAAUAAAAUUAAACGACACAUAUACGGGAAUUAUAAACCCUAUAUACGACAUAAAGAUGCCCAGAGACAAAUUCAGUGUGAAGAGGUCGAAAUCUUUAGGCAGAAGUUUUAGUUCUAGACAUCUAGGGUUGGAGGUGACUAGGUAUAAUAUAACGUUGGGUCGCAAAAGUGGUAAGAAGACCAAUGAUGUGGUAACAGCCAUAACUGGAGUGACCGGGGAGACAGGAUUGGAGCCGAGGAACGGUUUCUAUCAGAGAACUAAUGGACAAGCGGAGGUCGUUGGAGAUUCUUACAAGAUCAGUAGUGUUACAGUUGAAUAAA